CGAGUUUUUUCACCUUAUGCCUGAUCAGAGUGAGUUGAGAGAGAGGGAGGGAGGGAGAGAGAGAGUUGAGUGCGUGUAAGCCUAUAGCCAGAGCCUGUUGUCUAUUUUUCGUUCGAUCUGUCUGUCAAUCAAGCAAGCAAGAAACAAAGCGAGAGCGAGAGAGAGAGAGAGAGAGGGAGAGAGAGAGAGAGAGGAGAAGAGAAGACAUUUGCCACCAUCUCUCACAUUUUUCCCCGUUCCAUAUCUUCUCCGGAAUUGCUUUCUACUGCCCCUGACCUGUUCUGCACUGCCCUGCCUCGGUCAGUCUGCCUGCCUGUGAGCGCUGCUUUGUGAGUGCCGAGCAGGCUCUUCUUCUUCUUAAUCUUCUUCUUCUACUUUCGCUUGUGCCUCCUCCUUUCCCACUACUAUUAUACCUAUCGCUUUCGCACUGCUGCUGCUGCUCGAUCUUUUAGUCGGAUAUAAUUUGGAACGGGGUCGUGCAUAACACUGCUGGUUGAUAAGUCUCUUCAGACAGGCGCCCUUACUUAUUUUUCAGUCUCUGGGUCGUCGUUCGUCUUUUCCACUCUUGUCCUUAAGUGUAAUUUCUGUUGUUCUUCUAUUCUUACCCGACGCAUUUUGAGAGGCGAUAGCAGGAGUGGAUAAUUUCCACUCAACUUGAAAUGAGGAGCAUUGCCUCCGGAUCUGGUUUCUGUUGAGGAACGGGCUGACGGUGAGAAGGGCGGAGCUUUUGUAAUAGGGCUUACCCUCUGGCAUUCUCGUGUUCAGCACAGUCAUCCUUCUGCCUAUCGUGUUGGCCACAGAAGAAUUUGUCGCUCCCCACCUUCUCAGUUGAAGUUGUGAUGAUUAGUGAUUUUGGGGUUCGGAUUCACGAGAAUUAUCAGGAAAAUCACUCGGCCUGAUGAUGUCAGUUUACUUCUGUGUAACCUUGUCCUAGUGGCCUAGUCACCUUCGUACGUGUUUCGCUUCCUGUGAAGCUUUGAUCUCUCAGUUGCUUGCCGUCGUCUUUGCCGGGAGCUUGCUCGAUAAUCACGGGGAGCAUUUCUGUUUUGUGUCCCGCUAUACUUUGGGUUCUUCGGAUUUGCAGAAGCCUGUCACUGUCACAGUCGUUUGGCUGACAAAUCCCUAUCUUCCUCUCGGACGACUAUUGGCGCUCCCAAAGAGGAGGAGGGAUUAUUGGCAGUUGUGUUAGUCUGUGUAUCUCCCACGAUCCGGAUGCAGGCGUCUGUGAUCUUGAUUUUGUCCACAGGUCUGAGAGCCUGCGUUUUCUGUCCUUUACAACUGUUCACCUGAGCCCCCUUGCUCUCGAGCCCCCUUGCUCUCGAUUCAGUCUCUGCUCCAAUCUAGCCCCGCCUAAUCAAUAAUUUAUUUGUUAGUUUACUCAUUCCUGUUUUUUAUCUCCUCGUGCCCGGAAGGACUUUGGACCUUUUGCCUGGAUCGAUCAGGAAUUAGCGCCUCUAAAAGUGUCAUUCGUAAGCCGGUCAAUGUAUUUGUCGGUUAUCCACCAAAGAGCAUGAUUGGGUAAAGAGGCCGAUGGGUAAGCAGGGAGCCGAUUUAAAGUGCUGGAGUUCUGCGUCCUCAACGGACCUUGUGGAUCCAGCAGCCUACUUUGAAAGCUGGAAGCGAGAAAUUCAGGGCAAAGACGGCAUUCCACCAGAUCAUCGACGGUUGAUAUUCGACUAUCGAGUCGCUACUCAAAGUUUAUUUUACACCUGCCAGCGGAGUAAAAAGAGCCCGAAGGCAAGAGAAGGCCCCGCACCUGAUAUUAUUAGCGAGUUGCGAAAAUGGCAUGCUCGUCUGAGGAGCAAUAAUCACGACAUUGCGAAAUUAAUUGACCCCAAGGUUGCUGCGGAGGAUGAAAAGGUUGCAUCAAAUCUGUACUGCGAAACGGCUAGGGAGCUAAGAGACACUGGCAUUCCCUGCAAUGUUUAUUAUUUAUUCUUCGACAGGUGGGUGUUAGCUGCAUCACUCAAGGGCGACAUAGAUAUUCAGAUAGACAAAGAUUUUCAGUCCAAGAGGUUCGAAAUCCUCCUGCUUGGGCAAUUGAAUGGAAAAGAAUUUUUUGCGCCGUUCGUGUAUCGAGUGAAUGGAUCAGAGGUCGCCGCGCAAAUGUCCAUGUAUGACCAAACGGCGAAGUAUAGGCAGGGGCAUCAGAUGCGUCGUCUGGGACUGAGUACUCAAUCUGUUGAAAAGGGAGUGGAGGGUAGAGAAUUCAAUGCGCCCGUGGAGAUUGGUCGGUCACUGACUGGCUGUCAUGGGAGUGAGCUUCAUGACAACCAAUAUAUACGCUGCGGGAAGGGUUCUGAAGUUACUAUUAUUGUUCCCAACAAGGAUCCUCCACGGCAAGUCAAGUACUUUGUCUUAGCAGUCAUCCAAGUUCCUCCUGUGGGUUCUCCGAGUAGAUUGGAGCAGGUGGCGCCACAUAUCCCGAGAGUGCAGUCUACUUUUGAGGAAACGCGUGGUAUAGGUAAAGCUGGACUGAAGCCCGACAGUAAUGGGUUCAAUUUGUCAUCCUGUACCACGACUUCUUCCAAUGGUGAGAUGUUUUCGCACAAGCACAGGACUGUUAUGGAGUCUAUGCCUGUGACUUCUUGUAAUCUCGGUGGAAACGUAUCGACUUCUAUAAUUGACAGUGAGCGUAAAGUCUCGCUUUCACCAGAGGCUGCUUUACCAAGCCAAGGCUCACCAACCGAACGUAGUGCCGGAGAGGGAAAUGUUGAAGAGAUGGAUUGUGACUUGAGAGAGAUACGCGUAGACAGUUCACAGACUGUGGAUGAACCAGCGGGAAAGAGUGCAAAGAAGAAGAAGAAGAGAAAAGGGAGACGGAGUGGUAGAAAUACCGUGGACGGAAAUAUCGUUACUAUCCAGGGUGGAGAGUCUAUGCCGGCUGUCGGAGGUGGUGGCGUUCCUUUUGACACCAAAACUGUUGUCACGAAAGGUUCCAAGGUUCAUGCCUGUAAUCAUGGCAUAUCAGAGGGAUCGGUCGACAAGCGACCAUCACAUCAAAGGGUUACUCAUUCCGUGACAGAUACAAAGGAAACUGACAGACAGGAGUGUGUCUCAGGGAGACAGGGAGGACCUGGGGAGAUGCCCUCUCAUCGUCCACCUUGCGGCCAUUGUGCAGAUGGUGUUGCUUCAGUAAAUGUCUCGGAAGCUUUAGAGGACGGGUUUGAAACCCUGAUUCCAGAAUGCUCAGAUGGUCCUAUGGAAGGGUCUUCGAAGCAGAUUGGUAGCUCCUUUAGGAGUGAACCUCCAGAGAGGCUUGAUAUGCUCUUUAAUUCCACAGAAAUCGGAGAGGAACAGGUUCCAUAUGCAGAGUAUGUUUCUCGGAUGGACAAGGACGGAUUGUGCCUUGCUCGCCCCAGUACAGAAUGUGGGAUGUCAGGUGACUUCAGAGAUCCGUGUGCACUAAAUGCCAGUCCAGAUCAUGGUUACAUGUCGACAUCAAAUGGCUUCUCGCAGAAAUUCAGCAUAUCACAGCCCUCCGAACAUAUCAUCGACGUCGUUGAUUUUGUGUCUGUUGACGGGGUGUUGGAAGAUCCUACCAUCUCAAUCUGCAAAUAUGGAGGAUCACAUUUCCCUCUGAGGGAGUUGGCAGGAAACCUUGAGAGUCUUAGUGAUCCACAAGAGCAGUUUAGCUACUCCGAUUCGAAGGUCAGUGCCAGGGGAGGCUACAAUAGUGGUGGCACUGGGGGUAGGAAUGGGCGGGGCGGUGCAGAAGGCAGUAGUAAUAGAGGUUAUGGAAGAGGAUCAGAUGAACGAAGAGGCACAAGUGGAUAUCAUGGGGAAAGUGGUCAAGGAUCCGGUGGUAGUGGUCAAGGGGCUGGACCUGGUAGCAGUGGCACGAGUGGUAGUGGCGGUGGCGGCGGCUCCGGGGGUGGCAAUGGAAAUCGCGGAGGUGGGGGUAAUAGUGGAGGAGGCUGGGAUGGUCGUCCUGCAGAAAACGAUGGUGGAAAUGGAAGAAAGGAAGGAGAUAGUGACGAGAGACAUAGGCAUAGAUUUCAAGCAGGAAGCAACGGUGAAAUAACAAGCGAAUCCGUGCAAAGAAAGAAAGGAGCAAGCUCUCUGGACAGUCGAAGUGCCAGAAAAGUCACCAUCGGAGCUGGAGAUCAACUCCCCAAUGGGAUCAGCAGUAAUCAUGGUGCUCUUGCUACAUCGAGUGGGGGUGGUAAGGAGAAUAAUCAUACUUUUUGGCAAAAAGUUCAAAAAUCCGUCGAAGGGGAGGAGAGUGUUGAGUUGGAGCAGCUGGCAGAAUCUUUUGGUACUCACAGGAAUCAUCGCAGAACGGGGUCAGAUGAAGUCAAUUCCAAUAAUAGAGCUGAAUAUAAAGCUCGAGUUUCCUCCGUUCACGUAAAUGGCAGUAUGUCGCAUGAAAGCCCUCACGAUAGGGAAUCUAACUUGGAUUGUGAUUCGUUUGAGCAAGGUGUGAUGACACAGGAUACUUUUUUGAAGGUUGGAAAAUCAAGUAACGGUGACUUGUCUCUUGAUCAUACGGAUUUGUCAAAUUCCAACUUCACUCGCCGAGCCAGAGAUGUCCUGGCCUCUGCAGGUGCACAUGGGCCAGAGUCUUCGAAAGGUGCAUGGCAGAAGAAAAUAUCCUGGGAUGAACAACGCCUGACUUCUCAGAAAAUUUUGUCCGAAGCCUCCCAGCAGGCUGGUUCUUCGAAGGGACAACACUGUGUCAAGCAAGCAACUAGGAAUGGCAUGUACUCUAGAGGGCAAAAUCCUGACCAGCAAAUGAUAAGUCACACCAGAUCGUAUUCAGCCCCUUCCACACCCCAUGUUUUUGAGGAGAAUUAUACUGAUUCUGGAGAAUUCAACCAGUACAAGUCAAUGAAAUCUAUGCAAGUGGGAGUGCAACAGUCAACCAGAUCAGGCUCAGUAGGACAGAUUGAGCAGGUGGUGCCACAAAUUUCUCUCAGGCCACAAACGAGUAAUUCUUCGACCGUGGGCCAGCUAGGAGAAGCUAGGCCAGGUGCCGAUGAGUUAGCUCAGAGACUGACAUCGUGGAAAGGUCGGAAAUCUAAUGGAGAUCAAGAAAGGUCGGCCCCGAGGGAGAAAACUCUGGGAGAUCGGGAGCGCACCAUCCAUUGUGCUCAAAAGUGGGUGCCAGUUGAGCAUAAGACCGGUGGAGUUGUGAAGGGAUCUAAUGGGCAGGUGAAGACAUCAAGCAGCCUCUCUGCUCCAAUCCCUGUGACCACUAGCAAUAGAGAAACCAAGGAGAAUUAUGCAGAGUCUGCUAGCUGCAAGAAAAGCGGAAUUAGCGAAGAAGAAUCCAGGGCAGACGGGGUUCCUUGUAGCUUAUCACCGUCUAAAUCCUCCAGGCGGUUGCAUCAGUCUCUUAGUACCAAGAAGUCAAGUGUAGUGGAACAAGUUCCGGAGCCCAAGGAAUCUGCUGUUUCGAGUGAGGCAUCGUGUAGUCAUGGAGAGCUGGCCAAUCUUCGGAGCCUCUUACCCCGUGAAAAGAUAGCCGAUACAUUGGCUACACUAAUGGAUUCUGAGGCUGGUGGCCAACAAAACAGCGUGGUACCAAAACCUGAGGUCGUGAAAGUUUCAGUUUCUGGUGAGAGAAAAAGUUAUGCGAAAAGAGAUCCUACUGCACGUAGGGAUUCAAGUGCAGUGGUUGCUGUCAGAAGUGAGCCUUCCCCUGCAGAGAAAGAGACGAGAAGAGUUGUUAGAUCAGUUCUCGAUGCAGUUCAGAUUUCAUGCAGUCAACGACAAGUUUCAGACGGAGUUGCCGGAAUGCUGGGCAGUCCCUUGGCAGAGUUUGAGAAAGUGCUCAGGGCUGUGGCUCCCUCUUUCAUUCCGGUUUCAGGUACUAAUUGCAACAGGAGAGGCGUACAAGAGAAAGGUAGUCCGUGCGGCAGUAGUUGCGAAGGUGUUCAGAGGUCCAUGGAGGCAUGCCUCACAGAGGCUCAUGAGGAUAACACCACAUGCAGCAGAUGUAGAUAUGCCGGCACUUCUAUGAAUUCUCUUUGGCAGUGGUACGAGGAGCCCAGUUACUAUGGUGUUGAAGUUAGGGACUUGGAUCCGCAGAGAGGCCUAAGAGACGGAGGAGAGCAGGAGCAGUUUCUGGCCUACUUCGUGCCAUAUUUGUCAGGGAUCCAGCUUUUUGGUUACUCAUCGCAAUCCGAUAACCUAUCCAAAGAUUUGAACGGAUGCGCUCGAACAAGUUUGAAAUUAGAUUCGGUUCCUAGUUGUCAACCAAAACCUUUCCCAGGAAACGACGUGUUAGCGACGCUUUUCCCGAGUGAAGGAAGAGCUGAUGAAUUAAUUUAUCAUCAACGGCCUGAAGGUUCUGUCACUGAACAAGCCAACGGGCCUUUUACUGACAUGUCUGCUAAAGAUGCUCACAAUCUGGAUGCACGUCUCCUGUUUGAGUUUUUUGAAGCGGACCAGCCUCAAGUACGCCAACCAUUAUUUCCAAAAGUGAAAGAUCUAUUGAAGGGCGUGAAUAGUUUGAACUCUCACAGCGUUGGUGAUCCAACCGCACUGGACGACUUAUGCUUGGGUGAUCUUCACCCAGCUUCAUGGUAUGCUGUUGCUUGGUACCCUAUAUACCGAAUUCCGGAAGGACCUCUGCGAGCAGUGUUCUUGACUUACCACUCAUUUAACCAUUUAACGCCCACUGCUAGCUCGUUUGGUCCAAUGGGUGGUGGUUGCGAGGAACUGAAUGACGACGCUGUCUCAUUGCCAGUAGUCGGUUUGGAGUGCUACAAUCUUCAGGCUGAGCCUUGGUUGUUAUUGAGAAGCCAUUGCAAGGAGGCCAAUAAAAACAUGGAUAGGCUACCCAUCGGAAACUUGGCACAAUGUUUGGAUGAUCGAAUACGGUCUUUGAAGGUUGUUGCUUCACUGAUGGCAAGGGGAAUACCACACGACGUGGUGUCGAGGUCAACAGACAGUAGUUUUAGUAGUAGUGGCUCAGCUAGCAAGUUCAAACACUGUGACUAUGAAUUUUUCCUUAAGCGACGGCGGUGAGGCACGUGUACAAAGUGAAGCGAAGGAUUGUAGACAAGGCACAUUCUUUUCCUCAAAAUUGGGGUUGUAUAUUUUUCUCCUUGCCUGCUAGGUAGCCAUUACCAACAUUGUCUCGGUUGGCUCAAAUUUUUGUGGUACUCCACGGUGGCCACCCUCAAGACACUGUGGUAAGUAGAACUGCUACUUUUUGGGUGUGAAUGGCAGCCCAGCGGUCCCUGUUGUUUUGUAAAGUAAAAGAGAGAGAGUAGAUCAGGUCAGUCAGUCCGUCAAAUCGAGCUCUCAGGUCUGUGAGAGAGAAGAAACAUUGUUUCAUUCUUUUCAGUAAAAAAAAAGCUCUUCCAAGCUGGUAACAAACAGCGAGACGAAGCACUCCGCUUUUGC